UUCAUUCAAACAUGGGAGAGAUUCCAACGGCUGUCCUGAGUUCUGGCCACACCAUCCCAUUGAUUGGAAUGGGGACCGCAACGUACCCUGUCCCACCUCAAGACCAGCUCAUCUCCAACUUCAUCAGUGCAAUGGAGCUGGGGUACAGGCACUUCGAUACAGCUGCGGUGUACUAUACCGAGGAGGCCCUGGGACUGGCCAUAGCAGAAGCUAUCCGACGAGGAGUUGUAAAGAGCCGGGAAGAGCUCUUCAUCACGUCCAAGCUGUGGUGUAACGAGGCCCACCAUGAUCGUGUCAUCCCAGCCGUCAAGAAGACCCUCGAGAAUCUUGGAUUGGAGUAUCUGGACCUCUAUCUCAUACACUGGCCCCUGAGCUUGAAGCCAGGAGAACUUACAUUCCAAUUCAAGAAAGAAGACCUUCUGGCCAUGGAUUUCAAGUCUGUCUGGGAAGCCAUGGAAGAGUGCCAAAAGCUCGGGUUGACGAAGUCGAUCGGAGUGAGUAAUUUCUCCUGCAAGAAGCUCUCGGACCUGAUCGCCGUCGCCAGUAUACCUCCAGCUGUUAAUCAGGUGGAGAUGCAUGCCACAUGGCAGCAGCAGAAGCUUAGGGAGUUUUGCAAGGAGAAUGGAAUCCAUGUAACUGCAUGGAGCCCACUGGGUGCGAAUGGGGCCACCUGGGGAACGCUGGCGAUCAUGGAAAGUCCGGUCCUUAAAGAAAUUGCCGACGCUAAAGGCAAGACCGUCGCUCAGGUUGCUCUGAGGUGGUUACAUGAACAGGGGGUGAGCGUGGUGGUGAAGAGCUUCAACAAGGAGAGGAUGAAGAAGAACAUACAGAUCUUUGAUUGGGAACUAACCAAGGACGAGAGGGACCAGAUUAGCCGGGUCCCACAACGUCGGGGAUUUUCAGGGGAAUUGUUUCUUUCUCCAAGUGGGCCUUUCAAAUCAGUAGAAGAACUUUGGGAUGGAGAGGUAUAGAAACAAAUAUCAAAUACAAAUAAAGAUACGGACUCCAGCUUAGAAAUGCUAUGAAAGGAAUUAAAAUUUUAAAUAUUGAAUCUUCUAGCUUCA